AUGGCGGAGCUACAAAUGCUGCUAGAGGAGGAGAUCCCGGCGGGACGCACGGCUCUACUGGACAGUUUCACCAACCUGCAGCGUGUGGCGGACUACUGCGAGAACAACUAUGUCCAGACGGUGGACAUCCAUAAGGAGAAGGUGGCGAGGAGAGAGAUCGGGAUCCUGACCACAAACAAAAACACGUGUCGCUCUCACAAGAUCAUCGCUCCCUCCAACCCCGAGCGUCCGGUGAGGUACGUGAGGAAGCCCAUCGACUACAGCGGCCUGGACGACAUCGGGCACGGCGUCAAGGUGAGGACCGGACGGGGCGGCGGGUCUCGGUCCAGCGCGGCCAAUCAGAAGCCUCCCAGUCCCCCCCGCGCGGGAAAAGGCAUCCUCCUCGGGUCAAUUCUGUGUUUCAGCGGCAGCAGUGGAGGAAGCAGAGAGAACAGCGGCUGUGGGAGUGUGGGCCUGCCCCUCGCUGUUCCAACACCCUCCCCCCCAGCCACCUACCCAGGAGCGAUCGUGCCUCAGUUCUACAGCAUGAACCGCCCUCAGCCGCGACACCAGGCCCCUCAGGUGGGCGGGUCCCUGCCUUACCGCCGGCCCCCCUCCGUCACCGGGCAGCCAAUCGCAGCGGCUCAAAGCAGAGCGAGUCCCGUCCCCACCUCUGCGCAGCCAAUCGCAGCCCAGAGCACGGUCAACGGGGGGACGUACUACAACCACAGCCCAGCCUCUCCGCCGCCUCCGUCCCUGCUGCAGUUCACUCCACAGCUCCCCCUAAUGGGCUUCGUCGCUCGCGUUCAAGAGUCCAUUUCAGACGGAGCUCCGCCCCCUCCGCCUCAGAGCCAAUCAGAGGAGCCGCUCAUCUCUCCACAGCCCCCUCUAGUGGACAAACCGGACCAGGACACAGAGUUCACUGACCCGUACACAGAGGAGGAGCCGGCCUGGGCCCCGCGGAGCUACCUGGAAAAAGUGGUGGCCAUCUAUGACUACACGGCGGACAAAGAGGACGAGCUCUCGUUUCAGGAGGGAGCCAUAAUCUACGUGAUCAAAAAGAACGAAGACGGAUGGUACGAAGGAGUGAUGAACGCCACCACCGGACUGUUCCCCGGAAACUACGUGGAGUCCAUCAUGCACUACAACGACUGA